GGCUUGUACAGGUAAAGAGAGAAAUUCACCAUGGUUCCAGCUUACUGCAACUGCCUGUUCAAUCUGCUAAUAAUAAUUUCUAAAGGUCUCUCUCAGCUGGUAGAAACACAGCAGGUCAUCAUAGUAACCCUGGGAGAAGAUGCUCACUUCAGCUGCAGACUCAUGGAACCCAGAGACGUCCUGCAAGUCACCUGGCAAAAAGAGACACAAGGAGGGACUGAAAAUGUGGCCUCCUACCACAAACGUUUUGGUACAAAAGUAAAUCCAACUUUCAAUAGGAAUGUUGAGUUUCUAAAUGUUGGACUGCAGAACUGCUCUAUGUUCCUCAGAGGAGUAUCAAGAGAAGAUGAGAGCUGCUACAAGUGUCUGUUUACUACUUACCAUGAUGGAUCUAUCAGCGGAAGGACCUGCCUCCAAAUUAAUGAGCUGUAUGGACCCACACUCCAAGUGACACCAACCAAUGACAGUCAUCUUCUCUUCUCUGGGUUAACUUUCUCCUGCUCUGCCACGGGACGACCUGCUCCAAUAGUGGCCUGGAAUGAAAAGCCAUUGGCUUUGGAAAACUCUACUACACUCAACAUCACCCAUCCCAAUGGAACUGUUACUGUCACCAUAACAUCCACACUGGCAGUUCCCAGUCUACCUGACAAUGACACCAUGGUUAGGUGUUUGGUGUCAUCCGGCUACAUCAUCAAGGAGGGUUCUGUAAAUAUUCCAAACCUCUAUGCUGGUCCAUCUUCACCUCCAGUCUCCAAUAAUGGUUGGCUAAGGGGUCAUGAGUCAGUGUUUGUAGUAAUAGGUUUAGUGGUUCUCAUUGCUUUAAUCUGCACAGUUUGGCCACUGUGUAAUAAAAGUCAAAGGAACAGAAAAGAAAGACCACAGCAAGAGGAUGCUGAAAUCAGAGAGACUCUAAAAAUGACACCAGUCAAACACCAAGAAAAUUCUUCAUUUAGGACUCCACAACAUUUUGUGGAGGAAGGAGAGAGAAGCAAUGAGGAUCCACCAGUCAGUGUAACAUGUAAAAGGAAGCUAUUUGCAUGACAAGACUAUUCCAUCAAUAUCAUUUCAUUCAUCCCUUCUCGCUUCAUCUAAAUAUUAAUCCCUUUUACUAGAAAAUGGUACUUGCUACGUCCAUGUAAACUGUAUAUAUAUAUAUAGCGAGCCUAUUGUAGAAGAGAAGUUACUGAAUGGGACCGAGAGAUGUUUCCUGGACGGUGGACCUACAUUUGAGAAGUGGACAAGUGCUGCAUGGUUGGCUAUUCUGGUUGAGAUAUCUCUUUAUGAUGGCCAACAAUAACAGA